AAGCCAAUAACAACAGGGGUGACUUGUGAAGACUAAUUACUGCUAGGAAUCGCCAUCUCUGAUCUGGGUUAACAGCAGCAUCGUCACAGGCCUAAACCCCGCCCCUUUUGCGGCAAUAACCGCGUUCACGCUUGACAUUUUGUCCAGUCAGGUGUCAGACCCUCAAACAUUCUUCUAUCGUUGUCCGAUUUUACACGUAGAACACAUCUAAAGUACAUGACCGCAUUAAAUUACCCAGUGCUAUGUCACAUAUUGCGUUUAUUUGGAUAUGGGGACCUUCAAAAGUGCUUUAAACCCAGUUUGGCAAUGUUCUGGCAUAUUGCUUUGUGUUGUAGUCACGAAGAUUGAACUACCUUUCCCGACAUGCUUUGCGCAGGCUCACGUGACGCUCACAAUAGCGCGCGAAAUUUGGGGGUAGCUAGGGUUCGGGCCGCUGUAUUCCAGGUUCCAUGGCAACGACACCGGAGCCGGUAUCUAAGGCAAAGGGCAAGCAGCCCGUAGAGGAUUUAGAUGACUUGCUGCGCUGUGCAAUCUGCUUUGAUUACUUCAACAUAGCCGUGAUAAUCCCGCAGUGUUCUCAUAACUACUGCUCUUUGUGUAUCCGGAAAUUUCUGUCAUACAAGACACAGUGCCCAACUUGCUGUGUAGCAGUUGCAGAGCCUGAUCUCCGAAAUAACAGGAUAUUGGAUGAUCUGGUGAAAACUUUUAUCUCAGCAAGGGAGCAUCUUUCCAAGAUUGUGUUAGAUUCACCUCCUAUGUCGCCACAAAGUAAUCCCUCCACAAGCAAGCUUACUAUAGCAAAAAUGCAGGGAUGCGGUGGCAAACAAGUAAAACAAGAGAAUAUAUUAAUGGAUAGAUUUCUGGUAAAAGGCAACAGUUCAACAACCCGAACAAAUGCAAACACUUUACAAGAUGAAACCUUUUUAAGCCAGGAUUCCUCAUAUACCUCCGCUAAUAUAUCCAAUAUUGAAUUAGCCGGACAAGCAGAUUCUUUAUUGAUGGAUGGACUUGGUACAGUUUCACCCUCGACAUCCUCUCCAGCUGCACCCUCUUCUGCAUCAAAAGUUAAAGUUGAUUGCCCAGUUUGUGGAGUUAGUAUUCCAGAACAGUAUAUAAACAAGCAUCUAGACAGCUGCUUAAACCGGGAAGAAAAAAAAGACAGUCUGCGCAGUUCUGUUGGCAGGAGAAAAUCCAUGGCCAAAAUUGUGUACAACCUUCUGUCUGAGAGAGAUUUGAGGAAGAAGCUAAAAGAGAUUGGCCUUUCCACACGAGGCUCCAAGCAACAAAUGAUCAGAAGGCACCAGGAAUUUGUUCAUAUGUAUAAUGCUCAGUGUGAUUCCUUAGAUCCAAAAUCAGCUUUAGAAAUUGUUCGUGAAAUUGAAAGUAAUGAGAAAACAAGAUCACUUCUGGAAGCAAAUCAAGAAGAAAUUGGUAUGACCUUUAAAAAGGAACAAACUGAAGAGCAAAUAGAUGAGAUACACCAGCAAUACAGAGCAAAGCACAAAAAUGAAUUCCAGCAGCUUGUUGAUCAGGUGAAGGGCCGAUGGAAGAGGUUGAACAAAAAAGUGAAAUCAGAGCCUGAAGAUGGGCAGAGCAGUGCUGAAAAUGACCAACAACAAGAGCAUGUAGCACUUAAUAGUGCACAUAGCCAAGAGCAUAAUCGCCUACAGGAACAGGACAAUCCCCUUGUGCAGACAGACAACCUGAUAGUAUACAACAAUUCAGAAUUUACUGAAUUUCCAGGGUCUCCUCAAUCUGCAGUGAGUUCAAGUUCAGAUAUUCUGAGAGACAUUGAUGAAGCCGUGACAAGUGAAGAUUCCAGUUCAAGUCUAGAUGCUUCAGGCCCCCAGAAGAGAAAGCGGAAACUCUCCAGGCCUAAAACUUCAUCGGGCGAAAUAAAACCCAGAAGCAAACGCCAUCGGAAGUGAACGCUCUCCAAGGUGCUCCACAGGCCAAAAUUUACCAAAAGGAAUUCUGCUCAAUGACAGGAGGGAGGGAAAACCAUGUACAGCUGCUACCCAUCUCCCAGGACACAUUGCUGCUACACAGACUGACGAAAGGAAUAUGGGGUUAAUAUAUAUAUAUACACACACACACAUACAACAAACA